GAUAAAUAAAGAAGAAGAUGCGAUCAAGCGAGCGAACCACCAGAGCAAACGGUGAUGUGUGUGCUGAUUGGUGAAAAAGUGACUAGACAAAAUUUUCUCGUCUACCUACAAGAGUUUAAAGCAGUCUGCUGAUUCAUGAGAAAAACAGAAAAAUCUGUUCGCGACGUGUAGAAACCAACAAAAUAAAGCGAUAAAUCUUGUGCGUUGUUGUCUGCGGACAGCACGAUCACAGCAGUUUUUUUACGGAGAAAAACGAACAGUCGAAGAAGAAAAAAUCGAAUUCUGUUGCGUCGGGAACAAAAAUCUUUAGGUUACUCGCCUUCCGUAUAUUUUCAUCGUCUCGGCGAAACGACAAAAAGCAGCGAAAGAAAGUGCGACGAGCGAGCACUCACUCGUACAGUGAAAAACAAAAGGCUUUGUGUUUGCCUAUUUUCUCGUCGUGGGACAGCGAAGAAAAACGGCCUCUAAAGUGGAAGUUCAACAAGCAAAGAGGAAGCAGUCCGAUAUGGAGCUCACACCGGAAGAAAUUCGAGCGAGACGUUUGCGGAAGCUGGAAACAGGAAGUAGCAGACCUCUGUCUGUACCAACCGUCAACGUCCUGGAUGGUGGUCAACAGCCGGAGCCCCCCAGCCAAGUUGUUCCCGUGGCAUCCGCUCCCACCGAGGAAGUGCCAAGUUCAACAUCCUCCAAUGUCGAAACGAACAACGGCGAUGCCGAAUCAGCCAACAGUACCAGUGGUAGCGGUGAAUCUCCCACCAAGAUGGAAGAGGACGUUCCACCAGUAAUCGAAGCGGCCAGUCAGGCUAUCGGCAGUCUGGAAGCGCCACCGAACUCCGAGGACAAGAGUCGUGAUGAGGCAGCGAGCCGCGAGGAACUGCAACAGAUUGCGUUUCGCAUCAUGAAUAUCAACAGCCAAAUUCGUUACUCAGAUCCUCGAUUCUGCAUAGAUGGCGCGGUACUAGAAAGUGCCAUGGAAGCACUGGAUGCAAAGAAUUAUCGCGAGUUUUGUGCGGAAGUGAUUACCGAAGUGGUGAAGGAUUUCUACGAAGGAAAACUAAUCGAUGCCGGUGGUAGCGGUGCGUCCCUCUCGGAUGGUUGGAGUAAUAUUCCACCGAAGAAGGUGAGACCAAUCGAUAUCGAUGAUGUGUUGAAGCGGAGCGGAAGUGGUAGCUCGGCAAUGGAAAUCGACAACGAGAUAGGGCUAUGUUCGUCGAAGCCCACCAUAAAGGCCUUUAGCUCGAAUCGUGUAGCGGCGUUAGACUAUCUCAUCAACUGCUACUGCCGAGCGAACGACGAAGUGUACAGCUAUACCAAAAUCAAAAAAUGUAAGAAAAUGUAUUUGGCCGAGAUUCUGCCCGAAUUGGCCGCAGUCAUCCGCCAGCAAACGCUCAAGUAUGCAAUUCUGUUGACAAAGAAUCGUUUCCAAAAUUUUGCCCAAAUUGAUAACCCCGCUAAGUUGAUACUGGAGAAAUCGCCACUGCUUCAGUUGAUGUACGAGAAUAAGGUCCCAUCAGACUUUCUGACAAGCCUGAUGGCUGAAUCGCGUAAAAAAGAAACCGAUUUCGAAGACAUCUUUACCAUCGUACUCGACGAUCUAUAUGUAGACAUGCAAAACGCGAUCUGCAACGAAAACAUAGUCAGCGAUGCGUUGAACCGGCUCAAAGAGCUGGUAGAAAUAAAGGUGGAAAAUACGAAUCCAAUCUGCAAUCUGAUUGUGAAACACGUCGUUUUCCUGCCAAGACUGACACUAGACAAAUACGCUGCCAGGGAAAUAUCCAAGGUGUCCUUCUUGGCACCUUUUCUGUCACUUUCGGUGCUACUAGACGAGAACCCAAAAUUUGCUACGCAUCACUUUUUGGAAAACGUUUGCGACCGAACUUUAGCGGCCUCUUUCCAAUCACUGCUCGGCAAUACCCGAAAGGUUUUGCAUCAAAUAUUUCUCUCUCUGCUGACCAACUUGGACAGUCGUCAGGAAGUACUUAAAUAUGUUUCGGAGAUUCUAAAGACGAACCACAAACGAAUUCAGUACAAUGCUGACGAUCGGUUUCUGGCAAAGGACGGUUUCAUGCUAAACUUUAUGUCCAUUUUGCAACUUUUAUCAGUUAAAAUCAACAUGUCUAGAAUAGAUCCGUUCUAUCCGCAUCACCCGGAAGCCUUGAUUGAUAUCGAAGACGAAACUAAACUGAAACUUUCAUCCCAAGAGUAUAAUGACUGGCUAGAGAAACUGCAGUCGGAGAAAAAAUGGGAAACACCGAAGUUUGUCACCCAUUGUUGGUUCCUGACACUACAUGCCCAUCACCUGGGAAUCAUCCCGGCGAUUCAACGUUACAAUAAGCUGCUGCGAGCUACCAAAGAACUGCAACGAAUGGUCGAUGAGCUAAAUUCCAGCAAGAGUCAGUGGGAGAACACUCGACUCGCUCGCAGAAACAAUCAAGUCCGGGAUCGUUGUGUCAAUCAGAUUAACAAGCUCUCCAAGGCAAAGCUAGGCUGCGAUAUUGCCGUCAUCGAUCCGAACGUGUUGGGUGCCUGCAUGCAGUUUUAUUCGUCUGUUUGCGAGUACAUGCUGUACCAGAUCGAGAACAGACCUAUCGAAGGUCUAUUCGUCAACAAACAACCGCCUUCAACGUUGGUGGCAAGUGAGAAUUUCUGCUCCCUGCCCGAGUGGUACAUCGAAGAUAUUGCCGAUUUCAUUUUGUUCUGCAUGCAGCACAGCAUUGAAGUGGUCGAUUUCGUGGACAAUUCGGUCAUCACCUGGAUUUUGACGUUGGUAUGCGCACCGCAUCUCAUCAAAAAUCCCUACAUCACUGCCAAGUUGAUCGAGGUUCUGUUUGUGACCUCGCCAACAAUUCAGACGACAUCGCAGCGUCUCUAUCUCCAGAUUAUCAACCACGAGCUGGCCCAGACGGCCCUGGUAAGUGCCCUUAUGAAGUUCUACACCGACAUCGAAACUACCGGCCAAAGCACCGAGUUCUACGAUAAAUUCACCAUCCGCUACCACAUCAGCCACUUGUUCAAGGGACUCUGGGAUAGUGUGGCCCAUCGACAGGCCAUCGUGAAUGAGUCGAAAUGUGGCAAGCAGUUUGUCAAGUUUGUUAAUUUCUUCCUGAAUGAUACCACAUACUUGCUGGACGAGUGCUUAGAGUAUCUGAAACGAAUCCACGAAACUCAGGUACUGAUGAUGGAUGAAGCUGCCUGGAGUGAGCUCGGUCAGGAAACGCAGCAAAGUCGCCAGCGGCAGUUAGUUCAGGAUGAGCGACAGUGCCGAUCCUAUUUGACGUUGGCAAGAGAAACUGUGGACAUGCUCCACUAUCUUACAAUAGACAUCAAGGAGCCCUUCCUACGACCCGAGCUAAUUGAUCGUCUAAGUUCAAUGUUAAAUUACAACCUACAACAAUUAUGCGGUCCAAAGUGCAAUGAUCUGCGUGUACGUAACCCUAUGAAAUAUGGCUGGGAACCGCGAAGACUACUAAGUCAACUGAUUGACAUCUAUCUUCACCUGAGUUGUGAUGAAUUUGCCGCUGCGCUAGCUGCCGAUGAGCGAUCCUUUGAACGACAUCUCUUCGAGGACGCUGCCAACCGACUAGAACGAAUGGGUAUCCGAACUACGAUGGAAGUGGAUAAGUUCCGGAAGCUGAUUCGUCAAGCUGCCGACAUUUAUGUACAAAAUCAACAAAAUGCGGAUGAGUUUGCUGACGCACCGGAUGACUUCAAGGAUCCUCUGAUGGACACGCUGAUGAUCGACCCAGUGAUACUGCCUUCCGGGACCGUCAUGGACAGGUCUAUUAUAACGCGGCACCUGCUGAACAGCAAUACAGACCCCUUCAAUCGACAAACGCUCACGGAGGAUAUGCUCAUACCGGCCACGGAGCUCAAGGACCGCAUCGAGCAGUGGAUCAAAGAUUACCGUGCGAAGAAGAAACAAUAAGACUUGAAGUUUUAUAUAGAAGCAGAACCUUUUUUUCUAGGUAUCGAUCGCUAUGUGACAGAGGGCAAAAACUCAAAUACUGAAUUUAAAUGCUAGAACGGAUAUACAUAUAGACGUAUUUAUAUAAAUAGUACUAAGAUAGGAUUUUCACAAAAUCGUUCGUCCUUUCUAUCGCUAGCGAAAGGUUGCUGCUGGUGGUUGCGCUAUUAUUUUUUCGUUAACUUAUGAAUGAAUUAUGAAUCACGAUUACGAAUAGCUGUCGAAGUCUUUUUGGCUGCUGAAGGAACAACUUCCAUUCUUUGUUCAGUGAUGCAACCAAAGACUGAAAAUCUCAUAGUCGAAACGAAGCCACUGCAAUAAACAAACUCGAACCAUUUUAUCUCUAUAGUUUUUUUUAUUAAAUAAUUUUGGUUCGUCUGGUUCGUUAUUUUUGCUGCUGAUAACAAUAGAAAAAAAGAAGCGAGUUGAUGGGAGUGAAUUGAUGGGUACCCCGUUUCAGAACAAUGUAGCGUGCAUAAGCAAAUAGUACUCUUAAUAAAAAUCAAUAAUAAAAUUA